AUGGGAGAAUACGACAACGAAGGAAUUAUAGUGGCAGGUGGAAAUGGACCAGGAAAUCAACUCAGUCAACUUAGUUGUCCUACUUUUAUCUUCGUUGAUAAAGAACAAUCUGUUUAUAUAUCAGACAACAACAAUAAUCGUGUGAUGAAGUGGAGAAAAGAUGCAAAAGAAGGAACAAUUGUGGCUGGAGGAAAUGGUCAAGGAGGAAAUCUCAACCAAUUGCUUGGACCUCGAGGAGUAAUUGUUGAUGACUUGGGUCAAAUCUAUGUGGCAGAUUGUGUGAAUCAUCGAAUAAUGCGUUGGUGUGAAGGAAAAGGAGAAGGUGAACUUGUUGUUGGUGGAAAUGGUGAAGGAAAUCAAUCAAAUCAAUUGAAUCGUCCCAUAGGUUUAUCUUUCGAUAAUGAAGGAAAUCUUUAUGUUGCUGAUUUUUGGAAUCAUCGAAUUCAAAAAUUCGAAAUAAUUUUAUGA